AUGGGCCAAACUGUUUCUACUGCUGUUCCUUAUAAAUCGAACGUCUUUUACGACUAUGAAGACUUUUCAAGCCGCUUUUCCAAGUUGACAGUUUCAACAUUGACAAUUCCUAUGGUUAUCAUCGCCUUUCCGGUUUUGAAUGCUUACAUAUUCACUGAAGACGAGUUGACAGGCGUCAAGCUUAUGGAUGGGAUGAUUGGAGGAUUACUUGGUAUCGUUGGAUGGCCUCUCUCUCCUUUUUACGCAUGCUGGGGUCUCUUUCAAGUCCUUUUCAGAGAUGAACCACCAGAACCAGUAGCCAUUGACCAGGAACUCAAGGAUAUUGCAAAGCGAGAAAUUGGACUCAAUUGUGAACGCUUUUACAACGUUGGCGUGGUUGGUGCAGCAGGUACCGGGAAAAGCUCCUUGAUCAAUGGUAUUCUUGGAUAUCAAGAUAGUGAUCCACGAGCUGCACCCACAGGAGAAACAGAAUCCACCAGCAAACCCAAAGGAUAUCGACAUCCCGAUUUACGGACCAUGAUUGUAUGGGAUAUGCCAGGAGCUGGCACCGAGAGCCAUCCAAGCGAGACCUAUUUCAAUGACAAGUUUCUCUACGCAUUUGAUACGCUCAUCAUUGUAAUUGCCGACAGGAUGUUGCAAAUUGACAUCGACAUUGCCAUGGCGGCGCAAAAACGGAGAAUACCGUUUAUGUUUGUCAGGAAUAAAGCGGAUCAAGCGGUAGAAGCCAAGAUGAGGAGAUAUCGCCGGGAGCAUUCGAGUACCCCUGAUACCAUUGUCAAUCAAAAUGAAGCUGAAAAAGUGAGAGCAUUCAAGGAAGAUAUCCGCAUCUGGGGAAAGGCUGUGGGUGAACUCGUUGAGGAGGUGAAACACACUAUUUGUAAACAUCUAAGGGCUAACCGGAUAAGCAAGCGGAGGCUUUUCAUCAUCUCGUCAUGGGCUCUACAAGACUAUGUGAAGAUGCUCACCGAACACAGCAUGGAAAAAGAUAAGCUAAGGUUAAUCCAUGAAGAACGAUUCCUGCGUCAAUUGGUCGAAGGCUUGCUGUAUAAGCGGAGGCGUACAGAGAAACAUCGAAAGAAGCUGUCAGAACAAAUGAAGAGGCGCCCAAAAAUCACACCCAUUCAAGGUCAAGCAGAAGCAAAGGUGCUGAAUCAAGCAAGAAUCUCGAGCGAAUUGAUCAAUACUCGUCAACAGAGCACAUAA